UAAUGACACAAAUGUAGCAGGCUGCAAGUGGAUCAGAUGCGAAAAACACAUGUGUGUAAAUGAAACAGAAAUAGAUUCACCAAAGUAUGACAACUGUACAGCUGAAGAACAGUGUUCCUAUCCUACAGGUAUUCCUCUUUCCAGUGCUACCACACUGUCUUCCAAUACUACUACACCACCUUCCAGUGCUACCACAGCGUCUUCCAAUACUACCACAGCCGGUUCUGCUACCACAGCUCAUACUACUAUAGCUAAUGUCACCAAUGUAACUACACAUGCUCCUCUACCUUCAACUACCAUUACUUCAGCUACCACAACACCCAUUAUUCCAGGUACAAGUGCUACUGCGACUCCUGCACCUUCUUCACGCAAAUCUUCAUUUGAUGCUGCGAGUUUCAUAGGUGGAAUUGUCCUUGUUCUGGGUCUGCAGGCUGUUGUUUUCUUUCUGUACAAAUUCUGCAAGUCGAAAGACCGGAACUAUCACACACUUUAGGACCUUCCACUUUAUAAUGGACUAGUAGCCCAACACCUAUAGUUCACUGAACCAAAAUAUUUUCUGUUGCUCGUGGAAGACAGCAGUUCAUAAUAUCAUUUAAAUCUCUAAAAGAAGACUUUAAAAGAAUAUUUUUGCAACAUUAUACUUGGCAAGAGGUAAUGCGAAUUUCUUCAACAGGAUUACUUGCAAUAUGCUGCAUGGGUUCUAAUGGCUGUCUUAUUUUCCUUUAGUGGCUGCUGCUGUGGGACUUUUUUUGAUAUGCCAAAUGUAGACAUUCAGAGAUUCUUAUUCAGUGUCUUGAGUAGACAAUCUCAUGAUGACUUAUUGUGAAGGCUAAUUUAAUCAACACUUGAUACAGUAUCCCUUCAGUUUUAUCAAGAUGUGAAUUAUUGGGAACUGACUUCAGGGAGUGAAACACCAUUUAUACUAGCUUGUGGCUCUUACACCGUGCUGCUAGAAAGAUGAACAAAAUUGUAGAAGUAGAUAAUGUCUUAACAGAAUAACAUAGCCCAUAAUUUUUUUUUUACACAAGAAUAAAGGUUGCCUGAUAAAAUACUGCAUUCCAAACAGAAAUCCUGUACCCUUUCCAAUUAAUGUUGAGGAUGGAGAAGGCAUGUAGGGAUAGUCCUUCUAAAGGGGAAAUGAAGAUUAGUGCCUUAAAAGACUAGGCUGCAAAAACAUCCCACCUAUAUCCAAUAUAAGACUAUUAAGUACUAGCUUCAUAUAGGAGAAUGGAAUACAUGUGACUCGAACAUUCCAGUUUAAAGACUUUCUUACAUUAAAUUUAACUGUCCCAUAUUGAGUUUGAGGGUGAGGGAACAGGGUACAGUAAUGUUCAACUACAAACAGAAGCUUUAAGUUGUUUACCUUUUUUUUUUCUGGCCUAGAAAGACCAAUCAAAACUAGUGAUAAAAUUCAGUUCACUCCCUGUAUGAGGCGGCAACAACUUAGAUUUGUACUUGAAAUCCUGAGGUUUUUAUUAAAAAGGAUCUUAAACUUGUUACAGUUAAUUUCAGUGGUUUGGGUUUUUUUCUUUUACCCUCCAGUAUGUCUGCUUGCUUAAGGAGCAGUUAAGGGUAGUUCAGAGGAUCUGCUGAUUUGAUCUUGGUCAGGAUUUCUGUAGUCCUGGGGCUUCCAGGGCUGCACCUUUUUUUUUUUUUUUUUUUUUUGUGUCACCCUGCAGCGAACUGAUUAAGGAAAUCUACUUGGCCAAAUAGGGUUGGUGGUUUGUUUUUUUUCCUUGGCUGAAUCAGCCGUGUAAUCUGAGUAUCAAAGGUACGUCAUGUCCUCUGUAGACUGACUUGAACACCUGUGAAAAGAGACCCACAGGAAAAAUGGAAGUAAUGAUAAAAUGGAGUGGUGUAGGAUGUAGCACAUAAUACAUAGCUUUUGAUUAUAUCCCUUGAUCAUCAAUUUCUGUAGUACUGUCUUUACUAGCGACUUGACUGGAAUUUGGCACCCACUACAAAAUUAUCACAUCAAUGCAGAUAAUAGUCAUGGCAAUAGAACUUGAAUAUAAAGCAAAUUAAGUGCACUUCAGUUGGAAACUUCAAGUGCACAGUGUUGCUUUCUUGUGUUGUUCUAGUCUGAAUGGCAUUGUUUCUUUUGUGCUGCACAGAAGACUGAAAUUGCUACAAAAUAAGUUACCAGUACUGUAUCUUUUGAGUUCAUUAGCUAUUGGUUUUCUAAAUAUAAAGACAAUCAGCUCAGGUUUAUUAAAACAGCAGAGUGAGCAGCCAGUUUUCAGCAACAGUAUGUGUGUGGGUUAGGUGGUAUAUCCUUGGCUUUAUUGUGAAAUCACUUAAUCUGUCCUUUCCCUAUUUCAGAACUAUUCUAUUACAUUUGUUUAAAAAGAUAUCCAUGAGCUUGUAUUUUGUGCUUUGAAGUGAGCAAAAUAGUCUUCUACAGCGACAGUUCUCCUUCAGCUCAGCAAAACAAACUGUAUGCCUAGUAUAUAAUAUUUUUUUUGGCCUCAAAGGGCUAUCUUUUGUGAAAGUUUCAGGAAAGUGCCACAGAACACUUCAUAGCAUGAAAGACAUUGCCAUAAAAAAGUUGUUGCUCUGUAAAAUGUUGCUAAAAUGCUUAUUUAUGAGCUAUGAUGAUCCUGAUUUAGGUUGCUGAUAAAGUAUGCUGGUAAAGCAAACUAAAAAAUAAUUUUUAAAGUGCCUUAAAGUUGCUUAAUCUUUUGCCUCAAAUUUUCUUUAAAAGGGUAGAAGGGAUACCUUGCCUUAGUUACUAAAUUUUUCUUGGUGCCAGCAAUUGCUACUUUCCAAGACUUUAGGAAACCCAGGAUCUCUGACAUGUACAGAUGCCAAUCUGAAAAACUCGAGCUUGUACUGUAUCAAUUUAGUCAUGUUCUGGAAGGCCUGCACUAUGCACCUCUUGCUCAUUAGCCUUGCCAGCAAGGUGUAAUCCACAGUUUACAGCAUCGAGUCUCGGAUUGUUUCCCUUUCAGUUGUUUGGGGGGAGGGGAGGCUGGGUUGUACAUCUUCACCGUGUGCUUGGCUGCUGCACUAUAGAAAGUAAGUACUCCCUUGUGAAAUGGCAGUAUCAGCUGAUGUGUGCUGUGUACUAGCAAAAAACCUGAAGUAACAACUUGCAGUUUUUCUUGGCCUUGUAUUUUGAAGUGGAAGGUAGCUCGUAGAUCUGUAGUUGUAUUUGCCCCUAAAUCAGUUUUAGGCACUGAACUGUAGUGACUCUUCAAGUUAUCUGGCUUUUUCUUGAAGCCAACUUGUGCAAAUAUCAAGCUGUUAUCUUAUGAAUGUUCUCUGCAAGUGUUGCUGUAAAGUUUGUAUUUUGUCUUCAGUGGAAGAAAACUGAAAGAGUUGUAAUCACAAAACCAAAUUGAUAAAUAAAAUCUGUUGAAUGGAA